UGUGUCUGUCCCGGCACCGAGGUUUGAUACGCACAAUAUUGUAAAUACAGUUUAUGCUUCUACCGCCUCCGCCAAUAGUCUCCAGGGGGUGUGGCUAGGCUGUCCCGCACAUGUGUUGCGCUGUUGCUAUGGCUAAUGCGCUGCGCAGGGUAUUCUACGAGCUGAGUGACCCCAGCGAGCUGUCAGUUUCUGGAGCAGCUGGAAGUCCUGGCCCAGAGAGGGCAACCUCUGCGGUUACUGGCCCUCAGGAGCCCGAUUAUGUUUGUUCCGCAACCUGUGGCCCCCAGGGGCCGCCACUGUUACUCCUUGGACCUCCAAAUUCCGGGAAGACGGGGCUCCUGUUCCUGGCCGCGGUGAUGGCAGCUGAAGAGGGAGCGGGGCCUGUGAUUUUCCUCUCCAGGGACCCUCUUCAGAGACUGCCUUGGGGAGGGAGGACGGCAAGAGACCCACUCACACUCAAGCAAAUCCGCUUUUUAUACCCCCCCACUCUGGACGAGCUCCUGAGACUCCUGUCGUCCCUCCACCUCACCCCCCCGUCUCCUUCCCUCAUCCUCCUGGACGGCUUGGAUAGAUACCUGACUUCCGCUUGUGGCCCCCAGGACGGGGCUCUCCUGUCCGCUCUUCUGCUGGACUCUGCUUCUCACCUCCGCUGCGGUCUCUUGGUGUCCGCGGGCUGUCCCGCUGAGCGAGCCGAUGGGGCGUUCCUGGCCGUGGAGAGGUACUUCCCGGCCCAGUGCCAGCUGUACCCUGAAGGGGUAUCGGACGUGGAGGACAGGAGGUAUAGUGUGGCCUUUAACCCCCUGUGCCCCGAAUGGAUGUUGCAUAUACCACAGGAUGGAUCUCUUAGACUCGCCUCUUUAAAGUCCCAGGAGGGAUUAUCACCGGGAGGUCGCCGAGCGGACGUCGCCAGUCCAGCUGGAGUUCCAGUUUAAAGUAAAUACCCCAUACUGGGCACUCUGGGGUUAAUGGUUGAUACAGUUAUGGUCUGUAAGAUAUACGGGACCAUGGAUUCUGACAACUCUGGGCUGUCCAUCGAGUGAAUAAAGUCAGUACUUUCUUACCCCCUC